AUGUCUCGUCAUAUCACUGUCAUCCCUGCCUCAACCAAGGCUGGUCGAGAGACCAUCCGUACUCUUCUAGAGUCUGAGAGCAAACCGACUAUUCGUGCAGUCUACCGAGACACUUCCAAAGCCCCUCCUGAGUUUCUCAAGCAUUCGAAUUUCGAAGCUGUCAAGGGCGACAUUGGAGACGGUGACAGCCUUGAUUUUACAGGCUCAAACACAGUCUUUUACAUCCCACCUCCUACCUACGAUGGGACUGACACCGGUGAUUGGGCAACUCGAGCUGGUACUAAUGUAAAGAAAGCUCUCGAGAAGGCAAAUAUCCAGAGACUUUUGAUUCUUUCUGCUAUCGGAGCUCAUAAAUCAAGUGGCAUUGGAGUCCUCAGAGUAAACUACAUUUCUGAUGAACUUCUCAAGGACUCUGUUCCAGAAGUCUCGAUAGUCAGGCCUACCUACUUCCAUGAGGACUGGGCUCAUCUCCUCGAUGCCGCAAAGGAGGAGAACCCAACUAUUUACUCCUGGGUCACACCCAUCGACUACAAGAUCCCCAUGGUCGGGCUCAAGGACGUAGCCGAAAACUGCGCUGACGCCCUCUUAGCCGAGACAGCCAAGCCCAGCCCUCACUAUUUCAAAGUUUUUGGCCCAAGGGCUUACGGUUCUCUUGAUCUGAAGGAGGCAGUCGAAGAAAUCACAGGCAAGAAAUAUGAGCUGAAGCUUGUUGAGAAGGACCAGUUACUUGACUACUGGAAGCAAAUUGUUCCUGAAUUUUAUGCUGAAGAGUUCAAGGAGAUGACGACCUGCGGCUUGGCGGACGGCAUCAUUGCAAAGAACUUCGUGUAUGAUGAGAAUACCGUGAGGGGAAAGGUGGAAUUGGUUGAUGCUCUGCGCAGCUUGUAUAAGAAAUAGGGACACCUCUGAAGAAGAGAGGGACGAAGACUACCUUACUGUAGGUUCAUAGCUUCAAAACAACUAUCAUCUUAA